CGGAGGCAGAUAUGUCAUUCCGCGUCAACACGCUACAUACCACCAGCCAGCCAGCCAGCAGUCCCCCCGUUAGCGGAAACGUUUGGUUAGCGUCCGCUCGCUAGUCUAGGAAUUGCCACCCGCAGAUAAAGACGUCCGCUCGUGUGUUAUACUGGAAAAGUGUUCUCGUUCCUUCGGCCCCGGGGUAAAUGGGCCAAUUGUGGCGAAAAUUCUGAGUAUAUUGCCUCGGAUGAAAUAUGAAACUGAGCAUCUAGAGUCAACAAACGCACCGUAUAUACGAUUCGGUCGGUGCAUUGCGGUUCGAUUGGGAGUGUCCGUUUUCCCUGUGAUCUUGUAAACAUUUAUGGCUCGUGUUUGGGAACAAAAAGUGUUGAUAAAUAAAUAACUACAUCCGAUCCGCACGUUUGGCGUUGAGUGGUCAUUGUCGGCAGGUGUUCCAGCCAUUAGUCCCGAACAGGAAGAAGGGUUCAUGCGUGGUCUGGGCGGGUGCGAUGGUCGAAGAUUUCGCGGCUUCGACUAGGUCCACUAUUUGAGUGGAAUUCAAAUGUGAAGUGACUUUCGAUUGAGACGAUUGAGCGAAGAAUAGAGCGCAGGGCAUUUUACUUGCGCAAUGGCUAAGAUACGGACUUGGGGAUUCUUAUCAGUUGCGCACAGCUUAGUCACUGUGCUUUGGUGUGUUAUAAUUGUGGCUGGUCGAACUGAUACCGACUAUAGUGGGCAGCUGCUGCCUUGUGAGUUUCGUGAUUCAGUCAACAUAACCAGUGGAACGCGAGACGCCUUGGGGAAUAUCAAUCAUGAUGGUAUCGUGUACACAUCGCAGAACUUCGCUCUUAUUGAUUACGAUUAUGCGGACUACGACGUCAGGGUGAUCGUCCCGAAGUACUAUCGAGGCUGCAUAUGCCAAGUGACUAAGUGCGUUCGGUUGUGCUGUCCAAUUGGGCAAUUGUAUCUUAGAGAUGGGGAAAGCACGGAUUGUGUCGAAAAAAGUGAUAAUUUUCCGGUCAAAUUGCUGGCUAAUGUUACAACGCCCAAUGCAACCAAAUCAGUGAACAUAAUCGAAGAGAACAUCUACGGAUUUAUCCCGCAGAAACCAUGCCCGGCGCUUAUGAUUGAGGAUAUUGAAGAGUGGGCGUUGGAUGACAGUGGGUCGAUUAUACUGCGAGAAAUGGCUAUACCCCAGGAGGAGUAUUGCCUAGCAGUGGGAGAUGACACCGGUCUAGCCGUAGCAUAUUUCUGCCCAUUGGAGGACCAAGCAAGCAUCACACACUCUGUUGGUCUUAUUCUAUCCAUACCCUUCUUGUUGGCAACGCUGCUGAUCUACGCAUGGAUUCCGGAACUCCGAAACAUCCACGGAAAAUCACUGAUAUGCUACAUAUUCGCGCUAACCAAUGCAUACAUCGUCUUGCUCAUAAUGCAUUUCGGUAGUAACGCCAUCCCCUGUGAAGCCCAAGGAUAUUUGCUGUACUUCUUCGUACUGGUUGCCUUCUUCUGGCUCAACGUGAUGUGUUUCGAUAUUUUCUGGACUUUUAGCAGCGGUGUGGUGAUUAAAAACGAACGUAAGCGAUUCCUGUACUACUCGCUGUAUGCUUGGGGCUGCCCCUUGGUGCUGGUGGUUCUGGUGGCCAUAUUUGAAAACACUGAACUGAUUGACGACCACUUGAGACCCGGGUUUGGAAUCAACAACUGUUCGUUUUAUACGGACAAAAUGGUACAAUUCCUGUAUCUGUACCUACCCCUGCUGAUACUCAUAGCGGCAAAUCUGUACUUCUUCAUCGUGACCGCUGUCCGAAUCAUCCGAGUGCAGAGAGCUACCGGAGCCGCGCUUAAAAACGACUCCCGACGGCACAAUCGAUUUGAGAAUGAUCGCCACCGUUUCACACUGUAUCUCAGACUGUUCAUCGUGAUGGGAGUGACCUGGACGUUUGAAAUUAUAUCCUGGGCUAUGGAAAACAGCAUUUGGAUCUUCUAUGUCGUCGACGUGUGCAACUGUCUGCUGGGGGUGAUGAUUUUCUUUCUGUUCGUUUGGAAGCAAAAGGUUCGAAAGCUUGUUGCGAAAAGGAUAGGACGUCAUCGCGGUUUCAGCCGAACGAAAACAACGUCCGUUAAUACCGGCUCGACAAUGAGUGGAACAAGAUUCACCAGUGCGCCGGAUUCGACAGUUCCGAUGAACUCGCUUCCUGCUUAGAAGGAAAGAUAUCGCCGCGCCGUGCGAUUGCUUGCAUGACAUUUCUACGCUCACUCUUGUACUCAACGCUGCCUUUAUUGAGAACUGCUGGAAAUGAACAUUCACGCGCAUACCUGAAUUCCUUGAAGACAUUAAGAAUGCUCCAGAAUACAAACAUAUUGUGGAAAAAGUCUAAUAGGCUGUAAGCCUAACAACUUGAAUAUUGUUUGCAUAUUGUAAAUAUAUGGAUGAUUACUACCUUUAGCUCCCAGCAAUAGAUAAAUAGUUGCAUAAAACCAAAUGAAAUUAAUGAAUGAUCAAUGAAAAAAAAUCAAACUAACUUCCUAGAAAUUCAUGUUGAUAAAUAAAUUCACUCAAAUAGUAUCUGUAUGAAAUACUUGUUAAAUUUUGGGCUCAUUACACAAACACAUGUUUUUCUUGAUUUCACGACGACGUUAUUGUUGUAUGCAGAAGUAGAAAAUAAUCUAGAGUGAAAUAUAAUCAUUUGACAUCAUAAGAUAUUACAUCCUGUUAGGAACAAAACAUUGAUCGAUGCAAAUCAAUUUUUAUAAUAAAUGGUAUUUUCAAAUACAUGAUCUGCUUUUUCAUGACAAUUCAA